GUUGCUAAAGACACACACAAUGGAAAACUGACCAUCAUGUUGGAAGUAACAACUUUUACAACAAGUGGAACGUUGAUCUUUAUAUUUAAUUUGUUACAUGGAUAAAAGUCAUGUCACAUAUAUUGGCUAAGAAUGUGAAAGAGUCCAACUGUGUGUUGACUGCCAGCGUAAUUGCUAGACACUUUUUGUAUAUGCAAAUUGUUACAAAUUCAGUGUCAGAUACGUAGUCGAUUCCUUUCAUUCUGAGUCUGUAAAUUCCACCUCUUUACACCAGGGAGCUUUUACCUUUGUGUUCAAACUACCUGUGAUGAACCUUCUGGUUUGUGGUCAUGACAGCUGUACUGUCUCUUUAAGAGACCCGGAAACGGUUCCCUCCUGCGUGUUCACUGGUCACGGGCGGCCGCGGGUCCCUAUACAGCUGAGCAUGAUAUUCCGACCUACGAACUGGGCUUUUCGAAGCAGCGUGUGGUGCUGGCGAAGCCGGGCUGUCCUCAAAGUAGCGCUAAAGGCCUCAGACGUCAAAAGUUGCCGUUUGUACUCGACCCCAAUUCGUGGCGGUGUCACGGGCAUGGAGGAGAUACUGGCUCGGGUCGUCGCACCGUUACCCACAUACGAAACGAGAGACAAAUACCCGCCUCCCCCCGAGUCAAAAAGCUUGGAGUUCAUGCACUUCUACGGAAGUCUCAACAAGGAAGACAAACUCGGCUUCCUGACGAAGCUGUCGCAAGACUUCGGAGUAGACCACAAGGGCGUCUCGGAGCUCGCGUUGAGGCUGUUGGACACUCAGCUACGAGACUUGGCGACUGUUUUGCAAGUUGAAGACCGGCUGCGAUACGGCUUGACUCCCCGUUACAAACAGUUGCUGAACCAUAUAAGCAGAGUCGAGGGGGGCGUGAAAUUCCUGGUGGACCUCCGAGCCGACGUGCUUGAAAUAAUCUCAACCAAAGCUAGCGAGAGCCCGCACAUAAGGGACCUGAACGGCACGCUGAAGAGCUUGUUGUCCGAGUGGUUCUCCGUAGGUCUGCUCCGACUGGAGAGAAUCACCUGGCAGUCCCCCUGCGAUAUCCUGCAGAGGAUCAGCCAGUAUGAGGCAGUGCAUCCGAUACGGAACUGGACGGACCUGAAGCGCAGAGUCGGGCCGCACCGCCGCUGUUAUGCCUUCACCCACGCCGCCAUGCCAGGAGAGCCCCUGGUUGUUCUCUAUGUGGCCCUCACUGAAGACAUCUCUGACAACAUUCAGAGUAUCGUCCGCGAGUUUGCCACUCUUGACUCCGAGGAGGAUGUGAAUAAGAUAAAUGCAGCCGUCUUCUACUCCAUCUCCUCCACCCAGGCUGGCCUUCAGGGGGUGGAGCUGGGCAACUACCUCAUCAAGAGGGUGGUCCGUGGACUACAGAGCGAGUUCCCUCACAUGGCCCAGUUCUCCAGCCUGUCUCCGAUCCCGGGUUUCUCCUCUUGGCUCCAGGGUCUGCUCAGCCAGUGCAAGAAGGAAGGCCGAGGCUCCGACCUCCUCUCUGAGCAGGAGUGGAAGGAGGUGGAGCAGGCCACCGGCGCGGCCCCGGGGUCCGCGGCCGCCGACGCCCUCCGCAAGCUGAUCGCCACCAGCGAGUGGACGCGCUCCGAGCGCCUGGCGUGCGCCCUGGAGCCCGUCCUGAUGCGCCUGUGCGCCUGGUACCUCUACGGGGAGAAGAGGCGGGGCUACGCUCUCAACCCGGUGGCCAACUUCCACCUGCAAAACGGCGCCACCAUGUGGCGGCUCAACUGGAACGCCGACACCAGCCCCAGGGGCGUGGAAAACUCCUGCGGCGUCAUGGUGAACUAUCGGUACUUCCUGAACGACACGUCUAAAAACAGCGCCCUCUACCUGCAGAACAAGGUCAUCGCGGCGUCGGAGCAGGUGCUCGGGCUGGUGUCCCAAUUUCAGAAGAGCAGCAAACUCUGAGAAGGAGACGAGGACGAACCCUCGAAUACAAAUCUGUGCGCUUCGCUGGCACUUUAUCGUCAGUCUGCGUCAACUGACAAACGUAUUGAUUUCACAUUUGGCAUAUUAUUAAAACAACUUCAGAGACACUGAAUGGACGUCAGCUCACAUUACUUUUUAAAUUUAAAUUGGAACAUUUCUCAGAUGACGACUCUCAUCCCGUCCUCUGAAUGCUUAAGUUAGGCUGCUUGCCUCAUUGGGUUUCUGGCGGGAGCUGUUUGAUAUUGCGUAAGUGCCUCUCAGGCUGAGAAACCGGAGCUAACGAAGCACGAGGCAUCUAUCAACGCGUUACCAUGUUCCUGGAUAACAGUGUGUGUAAUGGUGAGACCGGAGCAAUGAGGGGGUGCCGCUACUGGAAUAAAUGACGUUUAGAUUCUUUCA